GGUUACCGGUUCGGUCCACUCCAGACCCAGCCAGCCGUCACAGGGCCGACCCGCUGUAACUACGCUGUAGUUCUGCUGUAGUUCGGAUAAGUAACUCUGCUGUGAUGGAUACGCCGAGUCGCCGCAUCUCACUGAGAUCUUUCAGCCUGAAUGCAGCAGCAGCUGAUGUUCCUACGUUCAUGAACGCAUCACAUGAACUCUGCUGUCUCUGAUAUUUCCUGAAACACCUGAAUUAAUGUCGCCAGGCUGCUCCCCGGUUCUCCCUCUGCUGAUGUGGUUCAGUUAUGGUCGGGUCUUUAACACAUUCAUUUUGAUGAAUCAAUUAAGACAAUUUUAAUAACAUUGUUCCCCAUGCAAACCUUCCGACCGGAACCUCUGUAUUCGUGUGUUUCCGGAAUGACAGUUAAUCUGACGCACAGAUGACAGCCGCUAGCAGAAGCCGCUCCUCUGGGCCGUUGGGGGUUAAUUUUCUCAUCUAAAGACUGUUGUUGUGCUAAAAGCUGCUAGCCUUUAGCUUUUAGCACACAGUCGGAUUAAUGUUGAUUAAUUUAGUUUUUAGGAUUUAGUUUGUUUUUGUCAGUCUGCCUGACCUGUUGGACUCUAAACCGUCCGGCUCCAGGCGAACUUGAUAAGUAUUCACAUCCCUGCAGGCGUUGAACAGGUUUUAAUUUUGAAUAUAAUCUCUGCUGUUCCAGUUUCAUACUUAUAUUAACAAUCUGCCUUUUUAAUGCUCAGAUACAUGUUUUUGAUUUAUUUUACCACAAUCCUCUGGACCAGAGAAGCUGCCAAUAACUGCACACCAUUUGUGUUGAAUCAAUGCGCUGCCAUGUUUUUAAGUCUUUAUUCUGUCUUUUUUUUUUUUUUGAAUUUCUGCAGAGUGUGGGAGAAUAAAAGCAGAUUUCUGCUAUAUUCUAACCUCAUCAGCUCUGCUGGUUCUGGACGGCAUCUUAUCCCCUGGAAGCAGCCAGAGAAAGAAAACCUGGAGAAAUCCAGAGUGCUGCGACUGGCGGAUUGAAACGGCUCCAUGUUUACCUGCAGCGUUGUCACGGUAACGGCCCAUCAAGAUGUCUCCUCAGAAACGUGCAGAGGUCUCCCAUAAAGACCCGUCUGCUGCCGGACGCAGAGGAGCCAUGAAGACCAAGAAAUGUUUCCAUCUGGCUCUUCUGGUGAUGUUGGUCUGCGACGUUCCACCGACUCCUUCCACGUUCAGCUCCUCGUCCUUCAGAGACUUUCUGGUCUCGUCUCCUCAGGAUGCUGACGGCGCCUCCAGCCAGCGGUACCCGGCCCAGACGAGCACCGGCCCAAACAGCCUGAAAAUGAAACUGCUUUACCCUCCAACUCCUCUCUGCAGCCAGGGCUUCAGGUUUCACUUCCAGCCUCAGAAUCAGGAGAUUUCCAGGUCUGGGGAGAUUUUCCACACCGCCCUGCAGAUCCUGAAAAAUGCAGCAAAGCAGAAAUAUAACAGGAACUUCACAGCAUCAGAGCUUUUGUCACGGGAAAACCUGGAGCUGCUUGCAGAGUUGUCUCAGUGUCCGACUGAAACGGAUCCAGCCGUCUGUGAAGGAAGUCAUCAUGACAAAUACCGCAGCAUAUCAGGAGUCUGCAACAACAGACAGAAUCCUGACUGGGGCGCCGCCAACACGGCUUUGGUCCGAUGGCUUCCAGCUGAAUAUGAGGACGGAGAGGAGGAACCCAGAGGCUGGGACCCCCAGCGGCUCCAUCACGGAUCCCAGCUUCCCCCGCCGCGGCAUGUCAGCAGGGAGGUGGUGAGGACUUCCUGUAAGGGCUCAGACUCUGCGUACUCCCAGCUGCUGGUGGACUGGGGUCAGUACAUCGACCACGAUGUGACCCUGACGCCGCAGAGCCUCAGCGGAGCCGCUUCCUGGGCGCAGCGGGACUGCCGCACGUCGUGUGGAAACCUGCAUCCCUGCUUCCCCAUCCAGACUCAGGACUCCCUUUGCAUGCCGUUCCAUCGCUCCACGCCGGCCUGCAGCUCCAGGACCGGCUCCGGCAUCCUGCGGGCUCUGCAGCGGCAGCAGCUGAACGCUGUCUCGUCCUUCAUCGACGCCUCUCUGGUGUACGGCCACACGCCGCAGCUGCAGCGCGACCUCCGCGACCUCUCCGGCCGCAGCGGGAAGCUGGCCGUAAACGGCCGCUUCUGGGACCGGCAGGGCAGACCUUACCUGCCCUUCGUAGCGGCGACGCCGUCGGCGUGCGGCCGGGGAGUGGAGUGUUUCCGGGCCGGAGACGGGCGGGUCAACGAGGGCCUGCCUCUGAUCGCUCUGCAUACGCUGUGGCUCCGGGAACACAACCGCCUCGCAGAGACCCUGAAGCUCAUCAACCAGCACUGGAGCCCUGAGGCCGUGUUCCAGGAGGCACGCAAGAUCGUUGGCGCCCUGCACCAGAUAAUAACGAUGAGAGAUUAUAUCCCUAAAGUAAUUGGUGUGGAGUCGUUUGAACAGCACAUUGGACCCUAUGGCGGGUACGAUCCGACGGUGGACGGCUCGGCCUCCAACGUGUUCGCCACAGCGGCCUUCAGGUUUGGCCACGGCACCAUUCCUCCGAUCCUCAGCAGGCUGAACGAGAGCUUUCAGGAAGACCGGCGCUUCCCCCACCUGAGACUUCAGCAGGCACUCUUCAGUCCCUGGAGGAUCGUUAAAGAAGGUGGCAUCGAGCCGACCUUGCGGGGCAUGGUUGCCACGGCGGCAGCGGUGACGGCUCCAGACUCCCUCCUGGUGGAGGAGGUAACGGAGUCGCUGCUGGUUCUGGACUCCCAGCAGAACCUGGAUCUGGCUGCUCUGAACCUGCAGAGAGGGCGGGACCACGGACUGCCGGGAUACAACGACUGGAGGGAUUUCUGUGGACUGAAGCGCAUCGCGACGUUGGACGACCUGGCAGAAGUCGUGAGAGAUCGCAGAGUCGCUGAGAAGAUUCUUCAUUUAUACCAGCAUCCUGACAACAUCGACGUUUGGCUGGGAGGACUGGUGGAAAACUUCCUGCCCGGCUCCAGAACCGGCCCGCUGUUCGCCUGCCUGAUCGGAAAGCAAAUGAAGCUUCUGCGUGACGGAGAUCGGUUUUGGUGGGAAGCGGACGGCGUGUUCACCCGGCAGCAGCGGGAGCAGCUGUGGAAAACUUCUCUGUCUCGGAUCAUUUGUGAGAACUCGGACAUCCAGGAGAUUCCUGCGGAUCCUUUCAGGCUGGCUCGGUACCCGGCCGGCUUCCUUCACUGCAGCGCUGUCCCGGCCCUGAGCCUGGAGGCCUGGAGAGACGAUCCGAGUCUCGGCCUGCGACUGUGUGGCUCUCCGUGGCCCGUAGACAACGGAGAUUUCCUGUUUUCCUCCAGAUCUGGAAAGCUGACGGCUCAGUACGCCUGUUUCCAUGGUUUCCAGCUAGAGGGCGCCACUGAGGCGGUGUGUGAAGGAGGCGUGUGGAGCGCUGACCCGCCUCGCUGCUCAGCUUCUCAGCCCCUGAUGAUGUGAGGAGGGCCGCCGAGCAGCAGGUCAGAGGUCAGAGGUCAGCGCCUGGGACUUCCUCACCAAGUCCCUGUUCAGCUCCGCCGUCCUGCAGAACGCUUCGUGUCUCACCUUCCAGAAGCUGAGUCUGUUUUUAGUCUCAGCAGGACCAACUGAACGCUCACUGAAUUCUAAUAUUUCUUGCUAAACAUUAAAAUCUGUCAUAAAUUCUGA